AUGACUCUGACCUGGCGAUAUUCCAUCAACACCAUCUUAUCUUGCUAUUGCGUGGCAACUGCUCUCGAUUCAUCACACAGCCUGGCCAGUGAGAGGAGCUCGAUAGAAAGCACAUACGAACUGACCAAGUACCUGGAAUAUCAGCUUAAAGAAAUCAAAGACAUAUAUCUCACCUAUCUAGGCCCUCCAUUUAAUGAGAAAGACUUCUCCCCUCCACGGCCCAACAGCACAGCUUUGUCUCUACCCAGUGCUGCCACCCGUCUGGAGCUGUGGCAUGGCCUGGAGAACCAAGCUCGGCUUGCCCAGAACCAAAAGGCUUACUCUGUGCUGCUGGCAGCUGUCAGGGAGCUGGCCCAAUCCACCCUCUGCCCCUCCCUUAAGACCUCCCUGCUGCACUUCUGCACAGGCCUGGAUGGACUGCUGGGGUCAAUAUCUGCUCUGAUGACUACCCUUGGUUACACACUUCCUCCUGCGUCUGCGAACAGUGGAGAUAAUGCUGGCGAGCUGCAGUACCCUCAGAGGGGGACAGGAAACGAGCGACCAGCUCCACUGAUGAGUCACAGUCUGUACAGGUCUAGAACUGGGACAAGGACAGAGUCCACUCAGCGUAACAACCAGAAACGCAACGGGAGGAGGGUGGUCAGGGGAGAGAGGGAGGACGCUGGUGGAUCAAGGGAGAAGGAAAGAGGAGAAAGAAGGAGGAGAGGGAAGAGGGAAGAGUCUGAGAGUGGGAAAUGGGCUGCCAGCAAAGAAGAGAUAGUAGAAGAAGAGAUAGUAGGGGAGGAGACAGAAGAAGGGCUGGAGCAAGAGAGAGGGGUGGAGAGAUGGGGGAGGAGGAGAAGGUUGCUGAGUUUCAACCAAGAUGGAGAAGGAGAGGAGCCUGUACACAGGGUUGAAGUGUUGUACCCAGGCACAGAAAGCUCCAGCUUCAUUCAGCAACCGACCAUCCCAACCAACACCAACAAUCAGUACAGCUACACCCUGAACUCACAUCACCCAGACACACUCAGGAGGGAGGAUGGAUUUAAUAUAGAGAGAAGCAGAGAGUUAAAGGUGGAGCAGGAGGAGAAACAAAUAGACAUGGACACCAUCUCCUCUUCCUCCACUUUUCAUCAUCAGCUUCGACUUCCUCGCUCCCUUUUCCCCCCGACUCUCCAAUCUCCCCUAUCCACCCUCUCCCUCCUCUACCAGUUUGGAACAAGUGAGGAGCACACCCUUGUCCCCCAACCGGUCCCUCUAUCUUUACGAAAGGGCACUGCCCUACUUUCACCGCCUCUGGCUCCUCUCCUCUCCUCCCCCUCCUCAUCCUCCUCUUCACUCCUGUCAGUGCAGCCAACCAUGAACGACUUUGCCAGGAAGGUAGAGGGAUUUUGGAUAUUACGAGAGCUGCAGAGUUGGCUGUGGCGAUCAGCGAAAGACUUCAACCGUCUCAAGAGGAGACUUCGAGGCUGAUACACUGAGACAAGGCUGGAGACUGAGAGAGCACACACACACACACAAACACAUGACUGUGCAGUAUAUCGGAAAUCUACUAUUUGCACAAAAUCUGAGUGGAAACUAACAGAGAGCUGUAACAGACAAUAGCACAUAAACACAUUCAUGCUUAACACAUUCAUUCAUUCUGUAGUGGGAGAAGUGAAUGAAGGACUUUUUGGCAGGUCACCAGAAGAGCUAAUGGAAUAUCACACACACAAAGCCAACACAUUACCAGCACUGUCACCCGUCUAAUGCACAUAGCAGCUCAUUGAGCGAGACACACUGAGCCUGGGCUGAGUUACCGGACUUCACGGCUCAUAGAUCAACAGAAAUACCACUGUAGGUGGUUAGACACACACACACACACACACACACACACACACACACACACACACACACACACAGGGGUAGAAUGAGUGACAGUCAGUGAGACAGACAGUGCAGUCAUUGAGCGAAAACUGAUUCGGUCAUCCCAGAUGUGUGAAUCAGCAAACAUUCAAUUUCUCACAGAGAAUCAGGGAAAAUUCUGAAUGGGUUAAAGACAAAAGGGAAGGACAUGGUCAGAGGGAUGAAGAGGGCACAAAGGGGAAGAGGAAGAGGCAGAAAAGGAGAGGAAGAUCGGAGGAGGCGUGAGUCAGGGGCAUGAUCGCUGGAAAUAACAGGCACAGGGUUACUGCUGAGUAAUCAGAAGUUGACUGGUCAGUUACAGUAACUCCACAACAGUGCUACACAUAGUGUCUAGACAGAGAGGUUGUCAAACACACACACACACACACACACACAGAUUUAUUGUGGUAUUUGGUGCCUUAACUUGCCAUUCACUUCUGUGCUGUUGUAUCACCCUUUAAUGAUUUCACACAACUGAAAAAUAUGUAACACAAUCUUAAAAUGUUUAACAGGUGAAGCAUUUUCUUUUAAAAACCUCAGAUAUCAUUAUUUUAGUGUUUAAAGGAAUCAUUUAGACAUUUUAGGCACUGGUAUUUUUGCUUUCUUGCUUUUUAACUCCCUUAAAUGAGAAGAUUAAAACAAAUACAUGACUGAAUAUAAAGCUGGAGCCAGCAGACUUAGCAUAAAGACUGGAAAUGAGGGGGACGGCUAGCCUGGCUCUGUCCAAAAGUACAAAGUGUAUCCAGCAAGCACUUCUAAAGCUAAUUAAUUAAAACAGUGUAGCUCGUUUUAAUUUUCGCACUUUGCCAAAAUCCUUGAGGUUGCCAAGCAUACAGCAGAGACUCCAGGAAGUCACUGCUCUAAGCUAAGAGAUAGUCCAACACUUUACCCGCAUAAAACAGUGACUUGUCACUUUUACACCAGUGGUGGAUAAACUGUGGUUCUUUAGGAAGCAGUUCCAGGAUAUAACUCCUUCUAAAACCACAAAUUCUAGGUUUUCCCCUUUGAUUUGUGUACAAGUUAAUCAAACACAGUGUGUAUGUGAGCUUUAGAAAUCUUGUCAGAUUUAUUUACCUUCAGGCAGAGGUAGGCAGGCUGUUUCUCUGUGCUCUCAAGCUCCAUUUACACAUCUGCAGUAAGGUCUUAUGCCACAGCUACUGUAUGUGCACAGGCUUCAUUGUAGCUCCUCUUCAGAAAUGUAGCUGCACAUUCAGGCUACACCAGCUACGGAAAUGCUACAUGUAGAUGGUCAACAUGAGCUGUUUAUGUUUUGUCCUACACGUUUCUGAUGCUGUAGAAUCAGAGAGAAGACAAGUUGAAAACUUAUUCAAUAAUCUUUUUGGGAUGGCACAUCUAGCAAAGCUGUUUCCACUGCAUAGCUUCUGCUAGUUAGCAUUGAAAUGCAUGAAACAGUGUAAAUACAACGGCUGUACAAAGAGCCCAUUGUAAUGAAACAACGUGGACCCUCCCACUGAUGCUCGCAUCACAAAUUUAAACACAGUUACUCUGGAUAACAUAAUUAAAAGCAUCACUUAACCUGAUCAAUAGCUGUAUACCCAUUUUAAUGUUGCUGUGGUGCUAUCAGCAGGUGACGCUGAACCAUAAAUCAAAGCCUACACUGUGGGUAUCUAUGACACGGCUUAACUUGCGGCUUGAGCUUCAUAUUUAAGAAACUAACCUGAGAGUGAUAUCAAUCUUCUCCUCUGACUCUUGGCAAGAAAGUGAGCCUUCCAAAAAUGUCAAACCGUUCCUGUAAGUACAGUCCUAAACACACAAAUUAGACACACUGCCUUUCAAAACAUGAUAUCGAAGUUUUCCCCUUGGCAAUUUACAGAUGGCUUAAUUUCUCUUCAGUAAAAUAUGUAGCUACAUCUCGUCAUUGUGCCUUGGAUGUUGUGGCUAAAGGUUAUAAAUCAUAUCUCUAUAUUAGCCUAUUUA